AUGCGGCGCUGGCCCAUGCAUCGGGUAUCUGCGACAGCUGGACGAUGCAUUUGGCCAUCCUUGUACAGGCCGAUUUUGCCCUCGAGGUGCGAGGCUUUCCCGAAGCCCAGCUUCGCCGUGCGAGGAGCCGCCAGCCUUCCAGAGGAGGUGCCUCUGGACAGACUCCGCAAUGUGGCCAUCAUCGCACACGUUGAUCAUGGGAAGACGACGUUGGUCGACCAGCUGAUGAAGCAGAGCGGCAUGGGCCUGAAAGUCACGGAGCGGAUGAUGGAUAGCAAAGAUCUGGAGCAGGAGAGAGGCAUUACCAUCCUGUCGAAGGCAACGAGGAUUUCAUGGAAUGGCUAUGUAUUCAACAUCGUAGACACUCCCGGCCACGCAGACUUCGGUGGAGAAGUGGAGCGAGUACUCUCCAUGGUGGACGGCGUCGUCCUAUUGGUAGACAUCGUAGAGGGUCCGAAGACCCAAACGAAGUUUGUUCUUCAGAAGGCGCUCAGGCAUCACAAGAUGAAGCCGUUGGUUGUGAUCAACAAGGUGGAUCGGCCCAUGACACGAGAGAAUGGUGAAGUUGAGAACGACAUUUUCGAUGUCUUUGCUAACAUGGCUUCGACAGACGAGCAGUUGGAGUAUCCGACGUUGUAUGCAUCUGGCAAAGCUGGAUUUUGUGCCAGAUCCCUGGAAGAAGCGCGGUCGGAGAAUCGUCCAACUGACAUGAUGGUGCUAUACGAGACGAUUCGAGAUGUCGUGCCGCCACCCGAGCCGGCCACACCUGAUCCGGCAAUCCUGGAGCUGGACGAGAAGUGCAAAGGAUUCUCAAUGCUGGUGUCGCAGCUUGACAGGCUUCCUGCGCUGGGGGCGACUGUCACGGGGAAGGUGCACAGCGGUCAGAUCCACAAGGGCGACAAGAUCAGCUGUAAGAGCUUGGACGGGGAGGUCGUGGGGUCUGGCAAGGUGCGCGAAAUCACGGUGGUUCACGGCGUGAGCCGGGAGCCUGUGAAGAUGGCCAAGGCUGGGGACAUCGUCUCCGUGAGCGUCACGGGCUUCACCCCGAGAUGGACGCAGACCCUUGUGAGCCAUCCAAAAGUGCCUCCGGUGGAGUGCCAGCCCAUAGAUCCUCCGGUGAUAUCUGUUCGAGCCGCAGUCAACGACUCUCCGUUGUCGGGUAAAGAUGGCAAGUACAUCACCCUCAACGCCCUGGGCGAGCGCCUGGAAAAGGAGGCACUCACCAAUCCUGCGAUUGAGGUCCAGCAGUCUCCCAAUCGCGACUACUUCGAAAUUCGUGGCCGUGGGGAGAUGCAGCUCGGAAUCCUCAUCGAAGAAAUGCGGCGAGAAGGCUACGAGAUGUCGCUUUCUCCACCAAGUGUUGUCAAGCAGCAAGGUGAGGAUGGGACAGUCCUGGAGCCCUGGGAAGAUGUCCAGAUUGAGGUGGACAUGUCGCAUGGAAGCCUGGUGAUGGAGCGCAUGUCUGGGCGAGGCGGCAAGGUGCUUGACAUGAGCACGGUCGGGGAAAGGCAGACAAUCAAGAUGGAGGCAGCAACGUCCUCACUGCUCGGCCUGCGCAGCUGGCUCAAAGAAGUUACCGGGGGCACUGGCACCGUGGUGUCCGACUUCAAGGAGAUGCGGCCCCAGGGCCCGCCGGCUCCUCGUGACAGGAACGGUGUGCUGAUUGCCAACACCGCCGGCAUUUCCACUGCCGUGGACCUGGGCAAGGCAGCGCGCAUGGGCAAGCUGUUCAUCAGCGAAGGCAUGGAGGUGUAUCCAGGAAUGAUCUUUGGCGAAAACAAUGCCAUGACUGACAUUGACACCAACAUUUCCAGGAAGCACGAUGGAUAUCAGUCUGCUGCUGGCUUUGCCCCGCCUAUCGAGAAACGGCUUGAGGAGGCCUUGAGCUACAUUCUCGAGGACGAGAAGCUGGAGGUGACGCCGAAGCGCAUCGUCAUGCGCAAGGCCAUCCUCGACGCCAACGAGCGAAGGCCGCCUCAAAGCGAGCGGGUUGACUUCGACGUGCCGGACCUGCAAACUGUCGAGCCUCUCCGAUGUCCGACGGUGUUGAAGUUUCGACAGGGGGCAGUUGCUGUAUCCUCGAAGUGUCAUCGCCUGCUCGUCGAGAACUCGAUUAGACCUGUAGAAGGUGCGCGUCUGCAGGGAUGUUUUGAGAUCGACUCCUCGACAGGCACUUCGGCUCAAGAUGCAGCAGCCAUGGCCGCGCGAGGGGCCCUGACCGCUGUUGUCUUCGCUCUCCGGCAGCAUUUCAAGUCCAGCAGCUCUUCUGAGAAAGCUUGCAGUCUGUUCUCCAUUUCGAAAAGCCGCUUGCUGGAUCUUAGAGUGCGGGCUAUUGACAAGUCGCGAAGCGAUCUCUUGCAGCUACCUUUCACCGCAGAACUCACGCAGACGGACGCAGAAUGUUUGGUUCUGCUUCAACAUUCGCUGCGUGUCUUGCUGGACGCCUUCAAGGCUUCAUAUUUGACGGGCGACUAUCCUCGCAAGCAGUUUGUCCGUCGCGAAACCACGCGCGCGGCAGCUUUGGAUCCAGGUCUUAGCACUGCCUUUGUCGAUGCCACCGGGACGCCCAGAAUAGUGCAAGACGAUGGCAGAGGAGUGGCCCUGAAAGCUUCAGGCGCAUCUGCCAGCCUACUCGCUAACGAAUCGGAUGUGACCGACCAUCAAGACAGGUCUUCACAGGUGACAGACGACCUUGAAGCAGACGUGAGCAUAAUCGAGCAAACGGUGAGAGAUGCGAAUGAGCAUGCCACGGACGAUCAGGCCCAGGCCUCCUGGGACACGUCGGACACAGAGCCCGAUCCUGUGAACUACACGGAGGCUGAGAUCUUGGAUUACAGCGGAGAGCAGUCAGAUCAGACCGAUAACACAGAGCCCAUCAAUUCCACGGCCGAGGACUGCUACCUCUCAGAGGACGGCGGUGUAGAAGAGAUUGACUCUCUAGUCAGUCUUCAAGCGAGCGCAGAUGAGGAGGAUGAUGAGGCACACGGCUCGUCUGGCAGCUCCCGGGAAGGAGGACUUUUGGGUGCAGAUGCGGCAGCUGCAGAUGCUCUCAACUCCAGCCCUGCCGACUUGAGAGACAUCGGUGACGAGACGAGGUGGUGGGGUCGCUGGGCGGAGCGUGAGCGCGAGGAAGGGCGAACGCAACCCGAGGCCGAGCCAGACUCGCCUUUCCACAGCGCGAAGCUCAAGGUGGCGGCCCGGCGAAAGAGCCAGCCGAAGCGGGUGACGAGCCAGGAGACUCCCAAGUGCUUGCUCGGCAAGUACUGGUGUGAGCAGUUCCAAAAAGCAGGUGUGGCGAUAGCUGACCAGGCCAGGAUCGGAUCCAAGGGCAAUGAAUGGCUUUACAACGCGGAAGGGACGAAAGUUGGAAAAGGAGACUCCGACAAGGAUUGCAAUCAAAAGCUGUACUUCUGCGCUGGGCAGACUAAGUACGGUUCUGGGCUUAAGCAGGCCAAGGCGGUGAAAGAGGCCAUUCAGAAUCACGGCGUGCAUCCCGAGAAGGCGGAUUGCUCACUUGGCAAGUUCUGGUGCAAAAUCCUGGCGGCUGCAGGAAUCGCAAAGAAGGACCGUGGAUCCAUCCGCACGAAAGAUGGCGAAUGGUACUUCAAAGGCAAAGGCACCAAACUCGGCUUCGGGUCUUACAAGGAGAAAUGUCCACGCAAGUUCUUGUGUGCCGGCGGAAGAAAGUAUGGAAUGGCAAUACAGCAAGCUCGCGAAGUGAAGAAAGCCAUUCAGAACGGAGGCGUUCAUCCCGCCAAGGUCGUCUGCACCUUGAGUGAGUACUGGUGUGCCCAACUGCAGAGAGCAGGCAUCGUUCGCAACGAUCAAGGAAGGCUGAGUGCGAAAAGCGGAGUAUGGUAUUUCAAAGACACAAGCACUGGAGUGGGCUACGGAUCAUACAAAAAAGGAUGUGACAGCAGGAAGCUUUUCUGUUCCGGUGGAAAGACAUUCGGCACUGGGUUGCAGCAGGCGAAGGCACUGAAAGAAGCCAUCGCGAACGGGGGCGUGCAUCCGGACAUGGUGCCUUGCAAGUUGGGCAAGUACUGGUGCCCACUGAUGAAGCGUGCAGGAAUACGGGGACGGGACAUUGUCAAGGUCACGUUCAAAAGCAAUGAGUGGCUUUUCGAUGGGCAACCGUUGCGGGUUGGAUACGGCUCGUACAAGGUGCACUGCGACAGUGCAAGGCUGUUCUGCGCAGGAGGCACAAAGUAUGGCUUUGGCAUUCUCCAGGCUCGAGCCGUGCGUGUGGCCAUUCAGAGCGGAGGAACUCAUCCGGCAAAGGCCAACUACAGAAGCUUUCAGAACUUCUGUGUCCUCGAGAACGGCAAGGAUGCGCCGCAGGACAAAGGCCGCGUGACCAAGAAUGUCGUGGGCUGCGAAGCGGCAUGUGACCUGACGGCUGGUUGCGUCGGCUUCGAGUGGUAUGCCAAUGGCUGGAACCGGAGGAACUGCUUCCUCUUCAUCAAUCAGCCUCUGGCAAAAGGCAGCGCAGGGAAACAGUGGAAGGAUGCAAUGUGCUACAUCAAGAAGGAGCGACGGUGCACUGUUUUCCCAAAGUGGAGAAUGACAUGGCUGGGAAAACAUGUUCAGAUCUCGCUGGGCGAGCACAAGUAUGGCGCAAAGCUUCCAUGGAAAACUUGUUUCGAACUUUGCGAAAUGGAACAGGAUUGCAAGCAGGUGGUUUGGAGCAAGAGUGGAUGCUUUGGCAUGCUGGCUCGGAGCGAUGACGAUCAGGACAGCAAAGGUGGCAAGAACGGUGGCUACAUAUCAGCCCACUGCUUCGAUAAGGAUAUACUGCACCACGUGCGUGCCUGUUCCCAAUGCGGAAAGAAUUUAUGUCAAGCAUGGAGAACGAACGAGAAGCAUUUGGAGUCUCGCUACAUGAUGGGCUCUUCGCUGCAGUCUUGGGGAUGCGAGAAUUUGUGGACGAAGCCAUACGGAGCGGUUCGCAAUUCUGGCACGGGCGCCGUCUACGUCGUGGAGAACCGGGCGGAGCAG